AUGUUCAAGAAACCGUUAGCGGAUCUCAAAACCUCGGCACCUCUGCGAAGUUCAGACCGGAGGAAAUUGAAGCAGCGAGUACUGCAGUCCUUCGAUCACCUCGCGCCGGAAGACGGAGAUCCUCUUGUGCCCGAGGGACUGCUCUCUCAGAAGUUUAGUACGCACUUGAACGAACCGGGUGUAGCGUACAUCUCGCCGGAAGGCGAUCCUCUGUGGUUCACGAUCGGGAAGGGCUCCGAUGACCUUGUUCCGACAGUGUACACGUUAUGGAAACAACCCGCACUACUGCCGAUACUCUCCACUCCCUCGGCCGUGAUCCCUAAACUCGUGGGCGGAGCAGACUUGAUGAUUCCAGGAGUCGUCCAGUAUUCAUCUUCGUUGACCCCUGAUCAACUCGUGUCCAUCACGCAGUUCCACCGCGACAAGAUCGGUUUUCCGAUUGCCGUAGGACGCAUGGCCAUGUCUAGCGAUGCGCUGAAGCAAGCGCUAGAAAAGGACUCCAAAGGCAAGGCCGUAUACGUCCUGCAGACGUGGAAAGACUUCCUGUGGGACAUGGGGGUGAGCAAGAAGAUGGACGUGCCAGAGGCGAGAGUAAUUGAAGUCGGGGAGCCGCCAUUGGGCUUGGAUGGCUCGUACUCAGAUUCUGGAGAAGACGAGGCUCAAGAUGAGCCCUCCGUAGGCGAGAGAAAAGUUGUCACUAGGCAACUCGUGGCGGACGAUCACUCAUCAACGGAGCCCUCUGCAAGUCUUCCGGAGGGCGACGAGCCCCCAGCGGUCGAAACGUUUUCCUCAUUAACAGCAGAAGAGGUUUCAAACUGCCUACGAGAAGCACUGCUGCAGGCUCUGUCUACGACCCUCUCCGCCGCUCCUUCAUCUGUGUUCCCAAUCUCUGCGUCUGCUUUCUGGAGCUCGUACGUUCUCCCAGCAAGAGCAGCACAUGUUCUCGGUUCCACAACAGACGCGAUUGAUGUCAAGCAUUCGACGUACAAGUCCGUCAAGGUGUUUCUGAAAGCUUCGGCGAAGGAAGGCCUCGUCAAGCUCAAGGAUGCCAAGGGCGGUGACGUCGUCGUCGCUGCCGUUUUCCCAAAUCAUCCCGCCGUUGCUGGGCAUCACCUACACCGCACCGCGAAGGACGUCGAAACUAUGGUACAGAACGCAGAAGAUCGCGAACGCCGGAAGAAGGAUGCAGAAGAAAAGAGGAGGGCCGAGAUUCAUGUGACGGAGUUUUGGAAACCAUUCGGGAGUACCGUCGCGUGGUUUGUCGCGGCGCAGAAGGACACGUCAGAGCUGUACACACUUCCGGACGUCAAGAGGAUCUUCGAUACGUACAUAUCAUCUAAGAAUUUAGUCAAUGCUCAGGAACAACAGUAUGUCAACGUCAGCGAAGACGCCGCUCUCCAUUCUGCGAUCGUCAGGAAGAAUGAGGAUACCAUCGAGUUCAUGAAGCGUGAUGAAGUCUUUGGUCGGAUUAAGGACAGCAUGCAGAGCUGGUAUGAGAUACGCGUGGGGGGCGCUGAUAUCAUCCGGAAGAAAGGCCAACUCAAGCCGAUUUCAGUCGUCAUGAAGGUGCGCCAGGGCCGGAAAGCGUGCACGCUCGUCACCGGCUUCGAGCCAUUCUCCCUCGUCGCGGAUGACCUUGCGAACGAACUGCGCAGGAUUUGUGCCAGUUCGACCUCAGUAUCCCCUGUGGCGGGCAAAAUUUCGGACAUGGAGGUCAUGGUGCAGGGCAAGCAGGUCAAAAUUGUGACGGAUCUGCUUAUCGCCAAGGGCGUGCCGAAGAAGUGGAUUGACAGUGCUGAUUUGUCUGCGGGGAAGAGGAAAAAGUAG